UCCAUAUCCCCAACAAUCAAGACUUGAUUUCCAUCAGCUACUUCCAGUAUAAGUCAUGCCUACUUCCAUCGAAACUACCGUCAGCACGCAGACUAAGAUUCGCCCUACCGUCCGGCACGCUGCUGUUGACGGGGGUGCCGAAAAGCAUCCCGAUUGGCUGGUCGAGCUUCACACAAAGGGCUGGACGGUUGUCCGCGGUGUCCUACCAAGGGACCGAGCACUAGCCUAUGCCGACAAGGCCUACGAAUGGCUUGAAAGCUGGGACCUGGGGUUCGACCGCAAGGACCCGUCGACCCGCAAGGCAGCGAACCUUCCCUGGCACACUCACGGGGGGCUUUACAGCAGGUACGGCGUCGGCCACGAGCAGUUCGUGUGGGAUUUGAAAUCAGAGCCGGGGCUGGUGGAGAAGUGGGAGCAGAUCUGGGGCACCCGCGAGCUUCUGGUCUCGUUUGACGGCGUGAAUCUUUCCUUACCCGAAAGGGAACGCCCCAAAACAGACCCUAUUUUCGCGCCGUGGGCGCAUGUCGACCAGUCCCCCUAUAACAACAAAUUCGACACCGUCCAAGGAAUUGUGAAUCUACUCCCCAAUGGGCCCGAGGAUGGCGGGCUUAUGGUGUUUGAAGGCUCAAGCGCUUGCUACACUGAGUUGUGGCAACACUUUGACCACAAGAAGGGUGAAAGAGGAUGGAGCACGUGGGCCUAUCAGAGUGUUGACGCGGAGAUGUGCCAGUGGCUUGAGGCUAGGGGAUGCAAAUGGACCAAAGUGUGCGCAGAGCCUGGCGAUCUGCUACUCUGGGACUCGCGCACGAUCCAUUACGGCGCUGCUCCUUCUUCGGUCAAUGACCGCUUCGCCGCCUAUGUCUGCUAUAAGCCAGCCGCCGCCAUCUCAGAGGAGGCCAAAAAGGUGCGCCUGCAGGCCUUGAAAGCGAAGCAGAAUACAACACAUGAUCCGGCUGAUUUUCGAGUCAGGGAGUACCUGCCACCGGCAGAUCAUCCUACCUACGAAGCGGCCAUCAAGAGGCCGUUCCACAGCCCGGUGCUUUCGAAGCGGGCGAGGGAACUGAUUGGGCUGGAUCCAUACUGAAGGGUUUCACAGGACCAGAGGCUGUUUUGGUUAUUGAAUCAUAGCUGUUACUUUCAUAUAGACUGCAAUCGAAUGCACAUGCAUUCGUCAUCUAGGACGGUCACAUAUCAGAUACUUGGGAAGAGUAGAUGACCGAUAUAAGGGACAGCUGCAGCUCACCGUGCAGCACAACAGCUAAA